GUGCUCCCUCAACUCACCGCCGCCGAUCUCUCCCUCCAAUCCUCCUCCAUCCAAGUCCAAGCACAACGAUCUCUUCGCCGCAAGCAAGCAAGCAGGCACUCGCAUUCGCCUCCGAUCGGUUCUUGGGGCUUGUCGAAGCAAAAACCUUGGCGUCAACAACAACGAUGGCUGCGCAGCCGUGGAGAUCGCUGCUCUGCUGCGUGAGCGGCGGCGGCGCGGCGGCGGGCGAGGAGGACGCGCAGUCACCGCCUCCGCGGCGGAGCCGGAGCGCGCGCAAGGAGAGGGACGACAACCGGGAGCGGCGGCAGCUGCUACCGGCGUCCUCCUCGUCAUCCGCGUCCCGGGUGUCGCUGUCGGGCCUCGACUCGUCCGGCCCGCUCACGCCGGAGGACCUCUCGAUGACGCUCUCCGUCUCGGGGUCCGACCUGCAUGCCUUCACCCGCGCGGAGCUGCGCGCCGCCACGGCGGGGUUCGCGCGCGCCAACUACCUCGGCUGCGGCGGGUUCGGCCCGGUCUACAGGGGCCGCCUCGGCGCCGGCCUCCGCCCCGGGCUCGACGCCGAGCGGGAGGUCGCCGUCAAGUACCUCGACCCCGACUGCGGCACGCAGGGGCACAGGGAGUGGCUCGCCGAGGUCUUCUUCCUCGGCCAGCUCCGCCACGGCAACCUCGUGAAGCUCGUCGGGUACUGCUACGAGGACGAGCACCGGAUGCUCGUCUACGAGUACAUGGCCAACGGCAGCCUCGAGAAGCACCUCUUCAAAAGUCUCGACGGAUCCAUGCCGUGGAUGAGGAGGAUGGAGAUCGCCGUCGGCGCGGCCAAGGGCCUCGCCUUCCUCCACGACGCCGACACGCCGGUGAUCUACCGCGACUUCAAGGCGUCCAACAUCCUGCUUGACGAGGACUACACCACCAAGCUGUCCGACUUUGGGCUCGCGAAGGAUGGGCCUCAGGGCGACGCGACCCAUGUCACGACACGUGUCAUGGGGACGAACGGGUACGCGGCGCCCGAGUACAUCAUGACGGGACACUUGACCGCUAAGAGCGAUGUGUACAGCUUUGGAGUAGUACUCCUAGAGCUUUUGACGGGUCGUCGGUCCGUCGAUCGUGCUCGUCGCCCGAGGGAGCAGAGCCUGGUUGAUUGGGCCAGGCCCUACCUCAAGAAGUCCGACAAGCUUUAUCGGGUCAUGGACCCGGCCAUGGAAUGCCAGUACUCGUGCAAAGGGGCCGAACGGGCCGCUAUGGUGGCUUACAAGUGCCUGAGCCAAAAUCCAAAGUCCAGGCCCACCAUGAGGGAGGUGGUCCAAGCCCUCGAGCCCAUAUUGAAAAUGGACGAUUACCUUCAGAUUGGCCCGUUUGUGUUCACGGUCAUAGUGGAGGACAUCAACGAGAAGUACGAGGGCAAAGGCGAGAUGGCUGAUGGUGAGACGGUUAACAUGAGGAUCGAGACGACGGUGGAGGAGAAGCGCCAGAGCCAUCAGGACCGGCACCGGCAGAAGUUCCCGAACUCGGCGGUCCACGCCGACGUGGUGCUGCACCGGGAUGGUGAACUCGGGACGCACAUCAGCGCACUUCGGCGGCACCGGAGGACGUCGAGCUACGUCAAGGAGAGAGGGGCUUAGGUCCUGAUGGUUAAUUAGCGUGGCGGAUAUUAGGAAAGAGGCAGCAGAGGGGAAGACUGAUUGUACAUAAUUAAGCUAGAUCGUAGAGGGGUGUGACACAACAAGCCACACAGAAAAGACCAUGCCGCAUUGGUUUGGUUGCCAAAUUUUUUGAUUCAAUUCUUUUGUUCGAGACAGUGAUGCUUGGUGUAAUUGCCCAUAGUGUCAUGGUUACAAUGCCAUAUUAAUUUUCAUCGGCUCA